AUCAACCAAAAUGGAAAGAAGAUACUUACUAGACUUAUUGAAUUUUCGUUCGAAUUUCGUAUUUUACAUCAACAAACUUAUGAUUGAUUCGGAAUCCAUCAACCUUCGCAUUUGAUAUGAAAAAAAUUUUGUAGGAAAUAUUAAAUUCGAUCGGAUGUAUGCAAUUUCCUACUUUAACAAAAACUUGUUAAUGAAGAAAAGCCAAUAAACUAAUCGGAAAGCUUCAAAAUUGCUUCUAAACUGUAACAAUAGAUCUCGUAUUAGACGUAGUAUUACUCGAUUCAGGUUACAUCCUACGGGGGAGGGUAUUUUUUGUGUAAUUUGUCUUAUGGACUUGGCCUAUUUAACUUAACGAGUAAUACCUGGAGGAUAGACGAAGAGGAGGAGUAUCGAUGACGUAAUUUGAAGUAUAUAAGACAAAUCGUCUCGAUAACUUCAUUAUCAUCAUGAAAACUAGCAUCAUCAUAAAGAUUCUUCUUCUAGUAAUGGCGGAGACGAAAGAUGUAACUAGAGGAAGAAGAUCCACUACCAAAUUUCCCAAAAUGGAACUUUUGGAGACUUUCUCAUUAACCCAUUCGCCCGUUCCUCGUUAUAAUCCUCUAGAGAUGAGUCCGUUAGAGGGAAAUGGAUUUUUCUCGACAUUACGUCUUCUUGGAAAAUUUGGAAGUCAGCUCUUCGAUAAAGCGUUAGAUCGCAUUAACUCAUGGACUAUGGAAUCGAUAUCGAAGCCUGUUUAUACUUCUCUAGGUUCUCUACAACCCGAAAAACCGAGCGGGCUAUCGAAAAUUAUCUUUGCCUCCGAAGAUUUAGAUGAUUUUGCUCUUCCGUCCACUCACGUUAUUAAAUACGAACCUCUAAACGAACCAACAUAUCUAGAACUCUCUAAGGACUGGUGGGAUCCCCCUUGUAAAUACUGUUAUGAAAAUUUCGAUUUAUUGGAACAAUUACCGCCUUAUCGCAAUAGACCGAUUGUUAAAAUUAAUUACGAUCAAAUCGCUCACUCAUCUCCACCUAGAAUUCGAGAAAACAUAAAACUUAACAGGAAACCAAUACGUUAUCAAAUAAAGAAGAGAAAACCUUUGCGAAAAUUUCCCAAAUGGAAAAUUUCCAAAAAUAGAAAUGUAUGGAAUCCUAUAACAUCGUCCGAAAAAGAUUUUAUACCCCGACAAAGACCACGCGAUUACGUUAAAGCAUCAUCAUCCCUAAUACUGAAGAAGUAUCCGAGUGCUUUCCCAGUAGUGAAGUAUCAGAAUUCAUUUCCAGCAGUGAAUAUCCCUACCAGUAGAUUCCCUUUAAUAAAGAAUCCACUCAGCAGUACCUUCUCAAUAGGUGAAAAGUAUCGCAGUAACGUUUCUCCCGCUGUGCCGAAAUAUCCCGACGGAGCAUUGAAAGUACUAUCUCCGCCCAAAACUACAUUACGUCCUACUACGACUACAAUACCUGCUCUUUCCCCUCCUACUACCGUAACAGUCAGCACUUCCACAGAACCAAAAACAAGCUACGUCUGGAAACGUCGUAAAUCGACAACGCUUCGACCAUUUAGAAAACCUCAAUAUUACUGGAAAUCAACUAGAACUACACCCAAAAUUACAACGGAAUCUAUUCUGGAAACAUCUACGCAAAUAAGUUACAGCGUUAUCAGGCAAGAAGUGCCUAAUAAUGAUACUAGUGCUAUUUAA